AUGCGGCAUUCAACUGAACUGGGUUCGAGUCAGCUCAAGGAGGUGCAAAUGCGAAUCUGUAGUCGCUUGUGCUCGUCGCUGGUUCACUUUCAUAAUUUGCCGCUAUGGUCAAAUGAGCUGAGAACAGCUGUGGCAGCAAGUUGCCGCGUCACUCCCGCUUUUGUUACAGAAGCAGAAGAGACGGAAUUGUUGAGAGAAGUAGAACCUCACAUGAAGAGAUUACGCUAUGAAAAGAAUCACUGGGACGACGCCAUCCAUCUGUAUCGGGAACGGGAACAGCGUAAAUGGUCUCCGGCUAACGAAGCAGUCAUUCAGCGUAUGCGACUGGCUCGUUCUUGCAGAGAUGCAUCCUUUGCACCUGAAACUCAGCAUCUAUCAUAUGUUCACAUCUUGGAUCUUCAUGCAGAUGGAGUAAUUAGACCACAUAUUGACAGCGUGAGGAGGACGGUAUACUGGUAUAUGGUUCUUGUGAGGGAAACAAGUCGUUAUGACUUCACUCAUGAAGUCUUAUCCAACGAAGAGUCUAUGUUCGACGGGAAGAGGAUCGUCAAAUCCAGAAGGAUAUCCAUAAUAUGCCGUGAUUUGCCAAAGCCCGAACACAGGAUGGAAGCGAAUGCAAUAGAGAUGAAAACUAUUCCAGAGAUUUAA